AGAGAAAUCUUUUUGACUUCACGAACGACCACCUGUCAUUCAUUCACGCAAUAGGUAACAUUUUGCAAUACAAAAGCUGGGUCACUAUUUUAAUGGAAAAAUAAUGCCAGUUAAAGUUGAUAUUACUCCUCCACCGCCAGCUAAUUCUAAACAGCCGGGGGUUACAAAGUCUUUGCUUUACAACGGUUCAAAAUUUCAAGGGCACCAAAAAAGCAAAGGCAAUUCGUAUGAAGUUGAAGUGGUUUUGCAGCAUGUAGAUGAGGAAAAUUCAUAUUUAUGCGGGUAUUUAAAGAUAAAAGGAUUAACCGAGGAGUUUCCAACACUUACUACAUUUUUUGAUGGAGAAAUUAUAUCAGCCAAAUAUCCCUUUCUAACAAGAAAAUGGGACGCUGAUGAAGAUGUCGACAGAAAACACUGGAGCAAGUUCGACUUGUUUGUGCCCUACUUGAAGACAUUCAACUCGGAUUCAUUUGACUAUGAGUCUCUUGCCAAGGCUGAUUAUGUAUUUAUGAGGUGGAAAGAACAUUUUUUAGUUCCUGACCACACGAUAAAGGAUAUAAAUGGUGCUUCGUUUGCCGGUUUCUAUUAUAUAUGCUUCCACAAAUCUGCAGCUACUAUAGAAGGAUAUUACUAUCACCGGAGUUCGGAGUGGUAUCAAUCUUUGACUUUAAGCCAUGUCCCGGAACACAGCAUCCAAAUCUAUGAGUUCAGAUGAAAUACCUGUGUGGAAACAUUGACAUUUGAAUUGGUAUAUGUGUCCGCUAGUACUUACUUGUUCAUUACGUCUACAGUCAAAAGACAAAAUGAUUAUGAAUGUUAAGUUUCUUUCUGUAAUGUAAGCAAAAGAUGUCAGGACUAAUAAUUUAUACAGAUUUCACUCAGAACAAAAUGAUCCAGUUAUAAUUAAUAUUGUGUAAUUUCUGUGUACGAAAGACAUCUUGGCAAUCUGUCCUUGCAUAUACUUUAGUUUAUACCUAGUUGACUUGUAGAUAAUGUAUAUUUUAGGGAAACGAAAUACUCUGUAAUAUUUAUGUGCUUGUGUUUGGAUGUUAUUGGCUUGAGUACAUUAUGUAUUAAGUUUCUCAAUUAUACUAUUAAGGAUUCUUAUUAUUGUGAUAUUAUGUACAAAUUACUUGUGUAUAAUAAGGUUAGUUUUUGUUUCUAUAAUAAUUUGCGCACCAUUUAUUGUGAAUUUAAUUUUAAAGUUACCCUACAAUGUGCGAAUUGAACAAAGUAUGUGCAAGUACAGUGACCUCUGAUUAUUUAAACUUGUCAUAUGUGACGAUAAACUUUUAGGAAUUAUUAAUUCAAACAGUGUUAUUUAUGAAAUUGAAUAUUUUUUUUCAAUAAAAUGUCUUACAGUA